CCAGCAUCAUCAUGGCCACUCCAAGCAUGCCCAUCUCUCCCGAAGCGACCUUUGAUCGCAGUGCGCUCGCCGGCAAAAGUGUCAUCAUCACCGGCGGCGCCAGCGGAAUAGGCGAGGCCAGCAUGCGUGCCUUCGUCGCUGCCGGAGCUUUCGUCACAUUCGGCGACAUAGUCAUCGAUCUCGCUGUGGCUCUGGUCAAGGAACUGGGCUCCGAAAAGGUCGCCUUUGUGCCUUGUAACGUCACCGUUUGGACCGAUCAAGUAAAAUUGUUCAAGACUGCACUAGAGAUGUCCCCGUCCAAGACCAUCGACAUCGUGUUCGCCAACGCCGGCCUGGCCAAGCAUGACGAUCUUUACCAUCAAAAAGAUGGACAGGACGGCGAUCCGGUCGAACCAGACUUGACCACGCUGAACGUCAAUGUCAUCGGAGUGGCGUACACGGCUAAACUGGCGAUGUUCUACUUCCCCAAGCAGCCGGAAGGUGAAGGACGAGACCGCUGCUUCCUUGUCACGUCGAGUAUCUCGGGUUAUAUCGAUCAUCCGGAGAACCCUCAGUACAACACCAGCAAAUGGGGAGUCAGAGGGCUUAUGAGGAGUUUGAGGAGUACGGGAGCCAGGCAGGGAAUGCGGGCGAACUUGAUUGCACCUUGGGUCACCGCUACGAGAAUUAUGACUGAUGAGCAAAAGGCUGCAGCUCUGGCUUACGGGGUCGUAUUUGCCGAAAUCGAAGACAUCGCAUCAGCAGUGUUACAUCUCGCGAGUGACAGGACUAUCAACGGGCGAGCGCUGGCUAAUGUUCCCCGAGACAUGCAUCCGCGCGGCUAUAUCGAUCUCAAGAAGGACGAUGCCGAAGACGACUUGCUGAAAGAGCUGCUCAAGUACGCUCCCAUUCCUCCAAAGCCUUGA